AUGAAGAAACUUAACCUCACGCAGGCUUCAGAUUACAAGAUAUGGAUGAACUGCUUCAAGGUCAGGUUCAGAGAAUUCCUCGCGCACCAGAAACACAAGCAGGAACUGCUGACAGUGAAGUGCCUCCCUGUCCUGAAAUUUGAAACGGAACUUAGUGAGAUUAAGAAGCGGAAAAAUUGCUAUGGUGAUCAGUUCCUCGCCCAGGAUAUCCUGGCAUAUAUGGAGAAGAGAGUGCCAAAGGAUGCGUACUGUGUGAUGGGGAUCACUCUGAAGGACAUAUACCCUGGUGAUAGCUGGAACUUCGUAUAUGGGUGGGCCAAAAAGAUCAUCACCAACAUCGGUUUCGACAAGGCUGAAAGAUACAAGGCGCUUAUUGAUUACUGCAAGAAGUCAACACUGAAACAGCUGAAGAAGGAUGAACUUUUUUACGAGGAACUGCUAUCUCUCACAAAAUGGACCAUUCUCCGUGCCCUUCUCGCAAGAAUCGGCCUCUUCCUAUUCAUUCACGCCAUCAUUAUCAUGCACAUCAGGAUCUUCAAAAAGAAAUCUAGCCCCGCUACAGAGGAAGAUCCUACCGAGAUUAAGGUCCUCAACAGAAUCAUCACCAACACUAUCGAACAAUCAAUCAUUUUUGUUGGUCUAUAUGCCUUCUUCCUCUUCGAUAAGUCAGCAACCAUCGUCAUAGCCAUGUACGCAUUCGCAAAUGGCAAUCCGGAGCUGUUAGCCGCUCCAUUCGACUCAACAGUUGCAUCUGACACUUUCCUCCUUUGUUAUGCUCUGGAGAUGGAUAUUUUGCGUGGAAUUUCGUAUGCUUGCCCUCAAGACCUAAAGGAAAAUGAGUUUGGACUCUGGACGUGCGAAAUCGACAUUCCCAUUCCCAACCUAUCUGCAUUAAAAGUGGAGGUGAGGAUAAAGGACGGAAGCAUUGUGGAUAGGAUCCCAGCCUGGAUCAAUUUCACCAGGCAGAAUAAGGACCAUACCUUCGAUGGAGUGUAUGUAGACUUAGGAGCUUAUCAGUGGAACAAUGCAAAACCUGAAUGGGAGAAUACAAGCGUGAAGGUUUACGAGUGCCAUAUCGGUAUGUCAGGCAUUGAAUAAAAAGUGCACUCUUUUACCUAUUUUCGAGAAAAUGUGCUUCCUAAAAUUAGAAACCUCGGAUACAAUGUCAUCCAAAUUAUGGGUGUCAUCGAGCAUCCCUACUACGGAUCGUUUGGUUAUCAUUGCACUAAUUAUUUCAGCGUUUCUUCCAGAUUCGGAACACCGAAUGAUUUCAAAAUGCUUGUUGAUGAGGCACACGGAAUGGGAAUCAAGAUUAUCAUCGAUUUGGUUCACUCACAUGCCGCCAAGAAUGUCCUUUAGGGUAUUAAUAUGUGGGAUGGAACUGAUUAUCAAUAUUUCCAUGGAGGAGAGAAGGGCAACCAUCCACUUUGGGACAGUAGGGUCUUUGAUUACUCUAAGUAUGAGGUUCUUCGCUUCCUUCUUUCUAAUAUUAGGUUCUGGCUUGAGGAAUACAACGCUGACGGCUUCAGGUUUGAUGGAGUUACGUCAAUGCUCUAUGAACAUCACGGUAAAAACUAUGGAUUUACCGGCAACUAUAACGAAUACUUUAAUCACAUGCUCGAUGUCGAUGCACUCGCCUACCUAGCCAUCGCUAACCAACUCGCACGCACAAUCUAUCCUCAAGUCAUUCUCAUCGCAGAGGAUGUAUCUGGAUUUCCAGGUUUGUGCAGGUCGAUUGAGGAAGGAGGGAUUGGCUUUGGGUUCAGGCUGGCGAUGGCUGUUCCUGAUAUGUGGAUCAAGCUUCUCAAGGAGAAAGUGGAUGAAGAUUGGAAGGUCGGGGAAAUAGCUUUUCAACUGACCAACAGGAGAUACAAAGAGCCUUGCAUCGCAUAUGCUGAAAGUCAUGACCAAGCUCUAGUUGGUGACAAGACCAUCUCUAUGUGGCUCUUUGAUUCAGAGAUUUACGACAAUAUGAGCGUCUUUAGCCAAUAAACGCCAAGAGUGUUCAGAGGCAUGGCUCUACAUAAAAUGAUCCGCCUCAUUUCCUUCAGUCUUGGCAACCAAGGUUUCCUCACUUUCAUGGGCAACGAGUUUGGCCACCCUUAGUGGAUUGACUUCCCGAGGGAGGGAAACAACUGGAGUUAUCACCAUUGCCGCAGGAGAUGGGAUCUCUCCGAACGAACAGACCUCAGAUAUCAUUUCCUGCUCAAUUUCGACAGAUUAAUGAUCGCGCUGGACACCAGAUUCAACAUUUUGGCAAGUGAUUACCAGUAUGUGCGUAGCCAGCAUGAGUCUGACCAAGUCUUGGUUUAUGAGAGGGAUUUGCUGUUUGUGUUCAACUGGAAUCCCAACAAAAGUUUUCAGGUACGAUAUCUAUACCAAACUAAGCAAGACUGCCCAAGUUGUCUAAGCACAGACGAUGAGGAAACUGGAGGCCAUAGCAGAGUCACCAUCAACAUAUAA